AUGCCUUCCCAAAGCGACUUCAGCCAUUUGGACGCAGCAGCAACAACUUUGACAAAUAUCUUGCGCAAUGAAAGCAUUUCCCAUAUCUUCAUUGGCGGAUAUGCCACAGGUCUCCUUGGAGGAGGCCGAGUGACAGAGGAUAUCGACCUUAUCGUGGACAGAAAUUGCCGCGGCCUUCUGCUACAAUGCCCGAACAUCACAGAGAGCGCGGAUAACCGAUUGGUCUACCAUCACCAUGGCACUAAAGUACACAUCGAUAUGGAGAUCAUGGGAGCUGCACCUUGGGCCCCGAAUCCUAGGACCACCAGGGUUUACACUGUGGCUCCGGCGGACUGCCCACGGCGUCAAUUGAAUUCAAUGGUACCUAUUCUGCAUCCGUCAAUCCUGCUAUUGACAAAGCUCCUACCCUGGAAAGAGGCCGAUGAGGCGACAAGAGUCGCCCGGCAUAUGAGAAAACGCACAGACUUGAUGGAUAUCCGGACCAUCCUGCAAUGGCUUGUAGACAAGAAAUCUAGGAUCGACUUCUCUGGGUUGCCCAAUAUCCCCAGGGCCAAGUUGAUGAGGCUCCUGGGAAGUCUCUACCGGGCCGAGCAGAGGUCACGGCCCUACCUCUCCCUGACCUUGUCAGCGGAUGAGAUGCGGGACGCCCUGACUACAGAUGGGACAAAGUAG